GCAGACAAGUUGACGAGCUACAAGUUUGAGGUCUCCAUGUUCACCAUGUUCACCAAGAGCAUCAAGACUGCGGAGCGCUACGUGUGUGGCCCGCAGCUGGUGCGCGCCCUCGGGGCGCGAGUCCGGACGACGGUGGAGAGCUGCCCGGACAUCGACACGGUCGACGAGAUCGACAAGGAUGGAGUUUUGAUUGGUUGGAACAAAGUGUUUCAGUACGUAUUGGAGAAGCUGGACUUCACCAGCCUGAAUGACACGGGCCUCCUCGCGGAGGAGUUCUUCCUGAAGGUCAGCAGGAACUCGGGCGAGACCUUCCAGGACUGGGCCGCCAGAUUCGAGAAGAAGGAGCGGGAGCUGUUGGUGCAGCUCCAAGUCAUUGAUUCCAGCGUGACGGAAGUGAUUGCGAAGCCUCUUCGGACAUGGUGGUUCCUUCGGAAGUCCAAGCUAUCCCCUGUUCAACGUGGAGAGAUCACCGCCACUGCAGGUGGCGACCUCAACUUUGGUAAGACAUACAAGGCCUUGCUCACGCGCUUCCCGGCGGAGGCGCUGGCGGAGCUCGACGGCAAGCAGCACCGGAGGGCCUUCUAUGAGGACACGCCCGUCGACGACGUUGAGGACGAGACUGGUGGGGAAGAUAUUGAUUUCACAGAGGUUGUCGAGCAGCUGAUCACCCUCGCUGAAGAAGAUGAAGAUGAGGAGCCAGCUGACGACAACCCAGCGGACAACGAGGUGUUCGCAGAGUUCAAGCAGGUGGGCAGGAGCUUCAAGGACGCUCGCGACCUGAUCCGACGCCUUCGAGUGUCCCGCGACUACUACCCGGUCGUGUCGCUCAAGGACCCCGAUCGCGUGCCCCCGCCUCCGAACCCGGGACGAGGCUUCCAGCGUGGCCGUGGCAAGAACGGUCGAGGCCGUGCUCGCUUUGACACGGGCAAGGGACGUGACAUGUCCAAGAUGAAGUGCAUCGCGUGCGGCGAAUAUGGUCAUCGAGCGGCGGACUGCAACGAGAGGUUCAAGAAAGAUAAUACGAGAGAUGGAGCUCGUGGGACUACUCACAACGGCUUCGUCCUGUCCGCCCUCGACGAGUACCUCUACCUCCUGGAGCGCGACGGCAUCUGGGCGAUCCUCGACAUCGGGGCCACGAAGAGCCUCGGCGGCCUCGAGAGCGUCGAGAACCUCAUGUACGAGAUGCUGGACCAGCACGGCCAGGAGUUCGAGACGACACAUGACGAGUGCUCAUUCACCUUCGGCGACGGCCUCCAGAAGAGCUCGAUGGGCACGGUGAAGGGGAACGUGUUCCUCGGCGGCGACCUGACCGAGGUCAAGCUGUCGGUGAUGCCGAACCGCGUGCCGAUCCUCCUGGGCAUGGACAUUCUGACUGACUCGCUGAAGGUUGUGGUCGACUGCGGCCGGAACUGGAUCGGCCUUCCGACCAUGGGCAACAAGGUGUUCUACUGCGAGCGCCUCUCGAGCAACCAUCUGGCCGUCAACCUGACGACGCCGCAGUGGUGGAAGGAGGUGCCGCUUUCCUUGCCGAGUGCCGGGUGCCUGACGUCCGAAGCGACGGCGCCCGAUGUUCUGGUGGAGGAGCUGCCCGAAGAGGCCGCUCCCGACGGAAACCUCGGCGGCGCGGACACCUACCAGAGCGACGGAAACUGCGACACGGAGCGGAUCGGCUCGAGCGACGGAAACCUCGAUUUCGUUCGGACGGACGGUCAGGCCGCCACUGGCCGCUUGGAUGACAUGCAGCGACGGUUCUUUGGCUGGGCGAUCCUCGGAGCAACAGCCGCCACCUGUGCCUGCGGCCCGCCCCGAGUGGAGCCGCCCUCGCACGAGGGGAUCGACAACUUCGGCUCCAGCGACCCCGACGCCAACAUCAACAGCAACACCAGCUACUCCGGCAAGAGCCACACGUGUACGAAGGCGACGGAGGUGACCAUCCGGGAGCAGGCAGUGGCUCUACGCUGGCGGCGCCUGUCCAACAAGCUGAACUCCCCGGAGGUACAGGGGGGCUGGAAGUUCACUCCGGAGAUGCUCGACGACUCGGAACUGCCGGAGAUGGACUCGAAGAGCCACGACAAGGUCCUGGACCAGAUCUACCAGACCAUCGCCGAGGACCUGACGGAGCUCGGCAGGCCCUACCGCAUCGACCUGAUGGAGGUGUGCUGUCCGGAGGACUCGAGCCUCAGCAAGGCCGUGCAGGACCAGGGAGGCAAAGUGUUCAGGUGCGGCCUCUUCAAUGGGAUCGACAUGGGAACGGCAACCGGGCUUCGACGCGCGCUUCACCUUCUCCGACGACUCCGACCGCGCCGCUUGGUUCUCAGCCCGCCAUGUACAGCAGACUGCCCGAUCCAGAAUCUCAACCAGAAGACAGCUCAGCAGAAGGCCACGUAUCUGGCGAAGGUGCGCAAGGCCCGACGUAUCCAGCGGAACUGCAAGAGCCUCUGGGAAGACUCGAAGAAGAUUCACGACUGCCACACCGAGCUCGAACAGCCAGCUUCCAGCCGAAGCUGGACCAGGUCGCCUUCGAUCAAGGCGAUGCGCGACCAGAUGCACGAGACGAUCAUCCAUGGCUGUGCGUAUGGACUUCGCGAAGCUCGUUCCGGCCUGCUGAUGAGGAAGGCAUGGCGCAUAUGCUCGACAGACCCGGAGUUCGGCGCUAAGCUCGGCAGGACGUGCUCCAACCGCCCGGGCAGGGGCGACAACCACACGCACCGCCCCAUCGAGGACGGACAGGUGGUGGCCCAGACGGCCUUUUACCCACCAGCACUGUGUAAGGCUUGGGCAAAGCAUAUCCUGAAGACGAACGCCAGCGCGAGGUACGGCAAGGAGAUCUUCACCAGCUUGGAACAGAUCCCAGAGGACGCUGAAGAGGAGAUAGAGGAGGCCCUCGACGAGGACCUCUUGCAGGAUAACCCCGAGGCCAUGGACGACGAGUCGGUCAUGAAGGGCCUGGGCAUCUCCGAGACACCGACCAAGAAGGAGGAGCUGGAGAUCGAGCAACGGCUGACGCGGCUCCACCGCAACCUCGGCCACCCGAGCAACAAGACACUGUACAAGAUCCUCAAGGCAUCGGGAGCACCUCUCCAGGUCCUACGAGCAGCUCUUCGCCUCCAGUGUCACGCAUGCCAUGCGGGACAAUUACCAAAAGCCGUCAGGGUCGCCUCGGGCAUCGAGUUGCCAGGCGUCCUAGAGGUGCUGGCCUCCGACGGGCUCGAGUGGCUCUCGCCGCAGCAGGACUCUUUCCUGAUGACGUUGAACAUCGACGAGGGAUCCGGGCUCACCAGUGUCACCUAUCAUGGACAGAAGGGAGAGCGCAAUGGCAACAUAUCGACUCAGGAGGUGAUUUCAACAUGGAAUGACUGGUGCGGACAUUACCGCCGCCCCAGCCUUCUCCGUCUGGACCCCGAAGGUUGUCAUCGUUCACAAGCAGUGGCCAGGUGGUGUUCGGACCGCGGCAUCGAGCUGUGGAUUGCCCCGGGCGAGGCCCACUGGCUGAUGGGCAAGGUCGAGAGGCGCAUCCAGCUUUUCAAGCGACUGAUGACGAAGCUGGCAACGCUGGACCCCGACUGCCCUGUCGAGGAGUUGGUGUCCUGGGCCGUGAGCGCGAUCAACAGCAUGGACAAGGUCGGCAACCACUCCCCGUUCGAGCACGUGAUGGGCGUCUCUGGGAUGCCGGCCUCGAGCAACCCGUUCGCCAUCAUUGACGGGGACACCGGGGAGACUCAGGAGCAGAGGCGUCUCCUCGCGCGCAAAAGCUUCCUGGAAGUAGAGUAUGCUGAGCGUCGUCGACACGCCGAACAGGCCCGCAACCGGGUCUACCAGACCUGGAAUCCGGGGGACCUCGUCUACUUCUGGCGCAAAGGGAAAGGCCUGGACCCUCGCCCUGGGAAGAAGGGCGGAUGGUACGGCCCUGCUCGUGUCCUUGCUCAGGAAAAACGACACGUGGACGGGCGCACCCGUCCUACCUCGGUCAUCUGGAUCUCCCACGGGAGCGUGCUCAUCAGGUGCGCCCCGGAGCAGCUGCGCGUCGCCUCGGAGGCAGAGAAGAUGAUCGUCGAAUUGCAGCGGCAGAGCAACCUUGGCAAGACCAUGACGGAGAUCUUGGAGACAGCCAAGGGCGGUACCUAUGAAGACCUUCUCGGACAAAAUCCUCCAGACCUCCGAGAAUACGAGCCUCCACCGCAGCCGACGAUGGCGAUCCCCGCGACCGAGGGCCAGACUCUCGAGAACAACAGCGAGGCGGGCGAGUCGAGACCUAGAUGGCGCAUGACACACCGCGGACCAGAGCUCGAUCUGCACGUACCGCCGGAGAAGCGACAGAGAGGCGCAGACGAGGAGAUGGCCGACGCGCUGUUCGACAGCAACCACCUGGUCAACCUCUUCAAGGACAAGUUGGACAUCACCCUCGACAACGACGAACAGCAGACCGUCUACUUCGAGUACUUGCAGGACGAGAAUACCACUCCAGACGGACGCCGAGGUUUGACGAGCCACAUCCUGGACAGCUUCGUCGUCAACCAGCGCCGGAAGGACAAGGUGGAGCUGACCUGGUCCAAGAUGAACGCCACCGAGCGUGAGGAGUUCGAGGCAGCCAUCGCCAAGGAGACGAACAACUGGAUCCAGCAUCAGGGACUCCGCGCUGUCCCGAUAUCUCGGGUCAAGGACGCGGCGGACGUCAUCCGGGCAAGGUGGCUCUUCACCCGCAAGUCCGAUGGAAAGGCGAAGGCCCGGCUCGUCCUCCUCGGCUACCAGACGAAGGACCUAGGACAGGAGCCGACAGCCAGCCCCACCGCGUCUCGGCGCGCCCGUCACGUGAUGCUAACAGUGGCCGCCGCGAACCGCUGGAAGCUCAUCAAGGGCGACGUCACCUCCGCCUUUCUGCAGGCCCACGACCUCGACAAGGACCUCUUCAUCGAGCCAGACGCCGUCCUCAGAAAGGCCUUCCAUGUGCAGGAAGGGGAAAUCCUCCAGGUCGUGAAACCUGGAUAUGGGAUCGGCGAGGCGCCCCGGCACUGGUGGGAGACGGUCAAGCACGACUUUGCGAAACUUCGACUCCAAGCCUGCGAGUUGGAGCCCUGCCUCUGGAAAGCACGAUGUUCCAGGACGGGUAUGCUCAUCGGUAUGAUCAUGGCCCACGUCGACGACUUCAUCAUGGCAGGAGAUACCUCCCACCCUGAGUGGCAGGACAUGGUCAAGCAGAUCCGAGGGCUCUACAAGUGGGGCACCUGGGAGGACAUGAAUGACGGGCUCACCUCUCUCGAACAGUGCGGCGUCACCAUCGAGGAGAGCGAGCAGGGCUUCUUCCUCCACCAGAAGUCGUACAUCGACAAGAUCAAGGAGGUCAAGGCGGCCAGCGGCAGUAAGCAUCGGACCACCGACAGCCUCAAGGACUCUGACAAGACGGUGCUCAGGGCGUUCUGCGGCGAGAUCUACUGGCUUGGCGUGAAUACCAUGCCAUUUCUCCUAUCGUGGGUAGCCGACCUCCAGAUGAAGAUACCAGCAGGUACUCACAACCUCUUCACGGCCGCUAACAACAUCGUUAAGCUCGUCAAGCAGAGCCGCCACAUGGGGAUCAGGAUCUACCGGCACGCCCUGGACGACCUCGCCAUCUUCACCUGGUGCGACGCAGCCUGGGCCAGCCGCCCGGAUGGACACUCCCAGGGUGGUCAUAUCACCGCUAUCUCCUCCAAGGCGGCCAUGGACGGGAAGCUCUCCGAGUUCACGGUCCUCGACUGGGGCUCCAAGAAGCUGCGCCGCGUGGCUCGGUCUAGCCUGGCGGCGGAGGUGCAGGAAGCCGGCGACGCCGAAGGCGAGCAGAGCAUGAAGCAGCAGUGGCGCCUCAUAUACGACGAGCAGUUCAUGAGCGCUCGCAAGCGGGCAGCUCUUGGCAAGGGCAUCUUCGACGAGACGGACCCGACCGACCCG